UCGAGUGAAGACGCUGAAGCAGCCAGAGCUACCGUUGGAAAUAAAAGGAACAGAUACCCAGAAUGGCAAGAGUUACGAAGUUUUACGAUCUGACGGCCAAAUUAUUAAAUGGAGAAACAUUUAAGUUAUCCUCCCUGCAGGGAAAAGUUGUCCUCAUUGAGAAUGUCGCGUCUCUCUGAGGUACGACCGUCAGGGAUUACACCCAGAUGAACGAGCUCCACGAGCGGUACGCCGGCAAGGGGCUCGUGAUCCUGGGAGUGCCCUGCAACCAGUUCGGCCAUCAGGAGAACUGCAAGAAUGAGGAAAUCCUGCUGUCUCUGGAGUAUGUCCGUCCUGGAAAUGGCUUUGCGCCAAAGUUUCAGCUCUUGGAGAAAACGGAUGUGAAUGGGAAAGAUGCCCAUCCCCUGUUCGUGUUCCUGAGGGAGAAGCUCCCAUUCCCCAGCGACGAGCCAUCCGCCCUGAUGAAUGACCCCAAGUGCAUCAUCUGGAGCCCGGUCUGCAGGAAUGACGUGUCCUGGAACUUCGAGAAGUUCCUCAUCGGGCCGGAUGGAGUGCCUUUCAAGCGAUACAGCAGGAACUUCCUCACCAGCAACUUAGAGGGAGACAUCAAGAAACUCCUGAGCCAGGCAGCCUAAUCAACCCGUCCUCCAAAAUGUUGUUCAGCCAUCCUACAGCUUCCACUUGCACCAGCACAAAGUGUGUAACCUUUAGGCUCGUUUCUUCCUCCAAAGCUUCUGUUAAUGGUGUACAACACAAUCACCUGUGCUCUCUUGUAUACGAUGACUGUGUUCUGUUCUUUUACUAAAUGAAGACAUCCUCUGAAACCAAGCCAGUUGUGAGGGGGGUAUCUGAUGAAAUGUAAAAGGCUGAAUGUUUUCAGUGGCAUUGUGUGCAUGUAAAGCACAGCUGUUUUGAUUAUUAAGAGGACCAAUAAAUCUAUUUUUUCAAGCA